AUGAAUUAUUUGCACAUAUUUUUGCUCACAUUUCUGGCCACCGAUGGGUUGGCCGAAGACUUACGACUUUAUCCGCGCGAGUCUGAGACGAGACAAGUGAAGGAUUUGGACGGAUUCUGGAGCUUUCGGGUCAUCCCUCUGGAGGACGACCAGAAUAUUGGCUUCACUAACAAGUGGUACUCAAAACCGUUGGAUCAGAGAGAUGAUGUGAUCCCAAUGCCGGUGCCGUCCAGUUAUAAUGACAUAACCCAGAGUCGAUUUAUACGGGACUACUCGGGUUGGGUCUGGUAUGACAACACAUUCUUUGUGCCCAUCGACUGGACCCACAAAUCGGUAACACUUCGCUUCGGUAGCGCUCACUACCAGACAGUUGUCUACUUGAAUGGAGUGAAUGUACUGAACCAUACGGGCGGACACCUGCCCUUCGAGGCCUAUGUGGACGGACACCUCAAAUACGGCGAAAACAACUUGGUUACAGUCGCCAUCAGUAAUGUCUUGUCCGAGAGUACUGUACCCCAGGGCUCCGUCACCUAUAAAAACGAUACCAAACUCUAUCCGAAAGGCUUUUACGAGACGACCACUAACUUUGAUUUCUUCAAUUACGCCGGUAUUCACCGACACGUCUCGCUGUAUGUCUUACCCCAGGUUCACAUCACAGACAUCACAGUCACUACAGAUAUCAAAGACACCACGACUGGUGUUAUUAGCUAUACAGUCAUUCGCAGCAAUUUAUCCGCAAGUGUUGAGUGUAUUAUCGAUGUUUUGGAUAAAAAGGGUAAUAAAGUCGCGGAUAAUAAAGGCUUUUCUGGUGUCAUAACCAUAACAAACGCCACAUUCUGGUGGCCAUACACUAUGGACCCCAACCCUGGCUAUCAAUACACGUUGAAAGUGUUGCUAACAGACAGUGGAAAGACAGUCGAUGUCUACUACCAGAAGGUCGGUAUUAGGACCGUUCGAGUGACCGAUAAGGAGUUCAUUAUAAACGGAAAACCUUUUUAUUUCCGAGGGUUUGGCAAACAUGAAGACGCGAAUAUAAGGGGAAAGGGAUUAGAUUUGCCGAUAAUUGCCAAAGACUUCAAUCUUAUCAAAUGGAUGGGCGCCAACUCUUUCCGGACAUCCCAUUACCCAUAUUCAGAGGAACUCAUGGAUAUGGCGGACGCGGAGGGGAUUGUAGUGAUCGACGAGUGCCCGGCCGUCGGUUUGCACGCCUUUAACGACGUCCUCCUCGGCAAACAUUUGGCGCUAAUUACGGAAAUGAUCCAAAGAGACAAAAACAGACCAUCGGUGGUCAUGUGGUCCGUUGCUAACGAGCCUCUGUCUGACCAGAAGGAGGCCGAAGACUACUUCCAAAAGGUGUCGACUCACGCGAGAGGUCUCGACAACACCCGUCCAUUAACGGCGGCCACGAAAAAGGACUUUAAUAACGACAAAAUGUCUGCGGCUUUGGAUGUGUUGAUGAUCAACAGGUACUACGGCUGGUAUUCAGACACCGGUUUCCCGCAAGUGAUUGAACAACACUUGACCACAAAUAUCAUCGAUUGGCACAACACUCACCGCAAGCCUAUUAUAGUUUCCGAGUACGGGGCCGACACUGUGCCCGGUUUGCAUCAGGACCCUGCUUAUGUGUUUUCCGAAGACUACGAGUCAGAGCUGUUAAUGCAUUAUCACAGAGGGUUUGAUCGGUUAAGAAGUGACGGUCUCUUAGUGGGCGAACACGUCUGGAAUUUCGCCGAUUUUAUGACCACUCAGAAGACCACACUUGGAAAGGCAAACAGGAAAGGCAUAUUCACGCGGGAACGACAGCCUAAAGCGGGCGCCAGAAUACUCCGGUGCAGGUAUUGGGCUUUGGCUGAAGUGAAGUCACAGCAACACUCCGGCCUAUCGUACUGUCCGGUCGACUGA